AUGGAAAAACAAAAAUUAAUGGAAGUAUUAUCUAAUAACAAUAAUGGACUUGUGAGUAAUGAUUUUUUGGAUGAACAAGUUGAUGACAAUGUUAUUGGUAUUGAUGAUAUUAUUGUGAAUGAAAACAAUCGAAAUGAGAUGAACAGAAGAAAAGGUGAUUAUUACAACGAUGACGAAGAUAAUGACGAGGAUGAUGGCGAGGAUGAAGAUGAAGAUGAUGACGAUGAAGAAGAAGAAGAAGAAGAAGAAGAAGAAGAAGAAGAAGAAGAAGAAGAAGAUGAUGAUGAUGAUGAUGAUGAUGAUGAUGAUGAUGAUGAUGAUGAUGAUGAAAUUCACAUUCAAAUCGAAGCUGAUCCUAAUGAGACAGAAGAAAAAGAAAUAGGGAAUAAAGUUUACUAUAGAAAGGAAAACAGAAAAUUUAGCAGUGAUGCUAGCAAUAUUACUAGUGCAAGUAACAGUAAUAGUAACAGUUUUAAUAAUUUUUGCAAUUUGAAAAAUGAUAAAAAGAUAAAUAAAAAGGAAAAGGAAAUAAGUAAAGACGAUGAUAAGGAGAUGAAUAAUAAGAUUGGAAGUGCGUUUAAGAUUGGAAUUAAAGAAGAAAAAGACAAAAAAGAGAUGAAUAAUGAAGGAUGUAUUAAAACAAUAAAAGAAAGUGUAAUGACAGGAUUUGAAAGCGAUGAUUCAUCGAUUGAAUCACUAGAAAUAUUGAAUAAAGGAAAGUAUAAGAAAAAAAAGUUUACUGGGACGGAAAUAAAUAAUGAUUUUAAUAAUGGAAAUAGUUUUAUUCCAUCAUCGCCAGGGUCAGUAUCUUCAUUUGGGUCUUUGGGAUAUAUUCCUCAACUUCAGCAAACUCAGCAAGCGCAAUUUCAGCAAAUCCAGCAAAUCCAACAGUUGCAGCAGAUUCAAUUGCAGCAAUUGCAGCAAUUGCAGCAUUUCCAUCAACUUCAGCAGAUGCAACAGAUUAAGAGCUUGGGAGUAAAUCCUAUGAUAUUAAAUGAGUUGGGCAAUAGUGAAGGUAAUAGUAUUAAUAUUAGUAGCAAUAUUAAUGUAAAUAAUAAUAAUGAUAAAAGCGUACAAACACCAAAGAUACAGCCACAAGGACAGUUUUUAGGGUUUUCAUCAAUCACGCCCAAGAAAAGGGGAGGAACCAGUUCAAUGGCAUCGACGAUGAUAAACAAUCGGUCAUUUUCAUCGCCGCAAAUGAUGGUUCAAGUGCCAUUGGGGAUGCCUGUGCUGGGAAUGAGGCCAGAAAUGAAUUUAAGGUCGAGAUCUGGAUCAAAAACCUUUAAUGGGGAACAUUAUAAUGGUAGUGAUAAUGGUAAUAUUAAUGGUAAUAUUAGUGGCAAAAAUAAUUUGGAUAAAAGAAAUCAGUACUCAAUUCACAAUAAGAAAAACACCACUAAUUCAAAUCGAUCUGUCAGUUAUCAUUUUAGUAAUGGUGAUAAAAACAACAGGAGCCAUAAGAAUAGAAACAAAAAGAACAAUAGAAAUCCGGAAAAAAGCAAUGACACCAAUGCCAAAGGUUUUACCAAAAAUAAGAACUACAAACACAAGAACGUGAAUGAUAGUAAUUUUAUUAGAAACGAUAAUCGAUUUGCGACUUCAGGCUCUCAGGUGAUGGCUCAAUACUUGGCGGAAGCGCAACAUGACAAUAUAUUAUAUGCUGCUACUGUUUUAAAUAUCGAGGAAGAAGAUAGCCCAAGGUGUGAUUUAGACAGUAAAGAAACCGGGCUGGGUAGAUAA